GUUACCCAGGUGCUCCUCCAGGCAUGGACCCCAAUAUUGUCUCUUGGUUCCGUGCGGUAGACCAAGAUAACUCUGGCCAGAUUAAUGCUCUUGAAUUAAGUCAGGCUCUACAGAACGGUAGCUGGUCAAAAUUUUCAGAAGAGUCUUGCAGGAUGAUGAUAAAUCUGUUUGACCACGACCAUACUGGCACAAUCAAUCUGCAGGAGUUUGGGCAGUUGUUCACCUUCAUCAAUCAGUGGAUUGAGGUUUACCGUCGCUUUGACAAGGACAACUCUGGAACGAUCAGUGAACCUGAGUUAAUGUCAGCCUUGCAGCAGAUGGGCUUCAACCUCACCCCUCAGUUUGUGGGGUUCUUGGUGUCGAAAUUUGCUCCUAGAACACGACAGGUGACCCUUGACAACUUCAUUGUCUCAAAUGUCCAGAUUCAGAGGCUGACUAAUGCCUUUAGGAAACAUGACACACAAAUGAAGGGUGUCAUUACUAUUAACUAUGAGGACUUUAUGUCAUUGGCCUUUUCUAAUGUUGUUUAAUGAGUUAUUAGCUACACUUUAGGAAGCUAUAAUGUGCAGAGUCUUUGUUUCCUAUAUUAAGUUGGUACAUUAACCCUGAUUGCAUUCUUGAGCAGCCAGUGGUAGAUUUAAGGAUCUGUUAUUUUUUCAAAGUUAUCAUAGUGAUACAACCAGGAAGUUAAGAAGUUGAGCAGAAUUAGCUAGCACUUACUAGGAACCUUUAUCUGUAUUGAAUUUAUCAGUAGUCAACAAAAGUACUUAAAAAUUUUCUUAUAAGAUUUUGUCUUCAUAAAUUGGUCACCAAAACUACCCAAAAAUAUGUUUACUUAUUAUAAUGUUGAUCGUAGGAUAGUAAUUUGCCUUACACUUCAUGUAAAUUGUUUUUUGUCAGUUGAUUUCUGUUAGAUUAACACUAUUUGUUUUGAGUAGAAAAUACUAGUUCUGCAUAAUCUUGUGGUGCUAAGAAGAAAGUACAGACCUGACAGGUGUCCAUCCUUUUGAUCCUCCCCAAGCUGGACCUCCAACAGGUUGAGAAGAAAUAUAUAGGUAACUUCUUUUCCUUUCUUUUGUUUUAUUUUCAGUUUACUUUUUUUCUUGCCAGGGAAGCAGUAUUAAAGUUUCAUAUUAGCUUCAGCAAGAAAACUAUCUUGCUCUGCAUGAUUUGUUCAAUGAAGUUUUAGCUUCAUGUAACACCAUCUUCAUGGCCACCCUUGGUUUAGGUUUAAGCAUCCAUGGUGAGGCUUAGGGGUCUUGAAUUAACAUACUGAAUUUGGAGGCUUGCUAUAAGUCACAAGCCCUAGAGUUUUUAAUAGAAAAAGCAUGAUUUUAUAUCUAGUCUUUGUAAGUUUUGAUGUGCAACUUGCCUUACUGUAAUAUUUGUACUGGUAUUUUGCAAAAGUUGACUUAAGGUAUAUGUAGAUGGUUUCUGUGUUGGGGAUUGGUUUAUUGUUUAUAGUUUUAAAGCAAUCAAAUGCAGAUUAGCUGAUUGUUGUGCAUCUAAAUGCUCCAAUUUCUAUGGCAUGCCUUUGGAAGAGGUGCAUAGUAGAUGGUUCUUGACAGCAGUGUGCUUUUCAUCAAAUAUAUUUAAGGAAAGGUACUAAUGAUUGCCAUAGGUAUGAAAUGUGAAACAAAAUAUUAUUUGGUAACCCUAACUUAUUUGGGGAGACAAAGAGAAACACGUUCUUUAUGGUUGUCCUCAUUCUUAUCUGCUUUUAACAUUUAAAGAUAUACAGCUUAAUGAAUGAAGUUAAGGUAUGGCAAUGGCUGAAGAUUUCUAUUGUAAUGGACUUCUACCAGAAAAUAGCUUUAAUACACUGUUUAUUACAACAUUAAACAAAUGUAUGAAUAAAGCAUUAUAUAUU